AUGAAUGAUCAAACAUUUCAUUAUUGGAACUUUGAUGUCUCUCAUAUAGUUCUGUCAUCAUUCUAUAUAGUUUUAAUUUUAUGUGCUAUCAUUUCAUUUGCUGGAACCAAAGGUUAUUUUUAUUCUGUUGCAUUGAUUUUAGGAACUAUUAUUCAAGAAGAACAUUUACCAAAAACAGCUCAAACCGAUAUUAAAAAAAUGGUUUCUCUUAUAUUUUAUGGAAACCUGGCAAUGUAUGGUGUUGUCAUCAUUCUAUAUAUUUUUGACUUCACUAUAGAUCCUCCAUCGAAUUACUCUGUAAAUUUACCAACAACCAUCACCGGUAUCAUCAUUCAAUUGUUUGCUGCAUUUAUGUAUUUCUGGGGUUCACUUUUAUUUGUAUUUAUUUUAGAAAUUAUAGCAGCAAAUAAAUCAAGUGAAUAUGCAACUGUUAGAAAGAUGUUUGCUAUUAUAUUUCCAUUCUCGUUCCUCAGCUUUAUGGCGAGAGCAGUGCUGACGGCAGUGACAACAUUCGUAUCGAUUGCUUCAUGGUACAAAGAUAUCCUAUAUUAUACAUUCUUGGAGAUUCUACCAAUGUCAUUCUUAUUGUUGAUCAUGUGUCAACGAUCUUCACUGCGUCUAUUAAGAGAGAAAUUUGCAAAUCCAGAAACUUUACCAAUUUUAGAGAAUGACCAUAGCAAACAAGAUUAUAUAAUUUAA